AUGGACAAAAGGGACUACCUCUUGGAUCUGCAACCCGGAAAACUGCAGCUACGAAGCCCUUCGACCAGCCGUCGGGCUUGGCCAGGCCCUAUUUUCAGUAUGCAGAAGGCCUCCUAUAGUAGGGCCUCGUCUUUCCGCUUGAAAAAGCAAGUGUGGCGCCUUAAAGGCCAAGGAGGUCCCCAUUGGCCUGUGAGCCCGGACAUGUUUGAGAGCAAUGACUAUCUGCGCUUCGACCUUGAGCAUCCUAGACAGGCAGUCUUUGUCACUACAAAGUACAACAGCUGUGAGAAGAUGGAAGAGGGUGUCGACGAGGUUGCGGCCGAAAUGAAAGAGACGCCGGGGUCAUGGGGCCACAAAGAGUCCUUAACAAUGGACAUGUCAGAGCCACCAUUUCAACUGCUACCGAACUCGUCGACGCCGGAGUAA